GUUCUAAACAACUUACUUAGUUCUUACAAUUUUAAUCAAAGAAUUCAUUUUGUAACUAACAUGCCAUGAAUACUUUCACUUGGUCCAAAACCUGUCACCAACUCUGUCAAAUAAUUUUACCCAUACAUCAACAGUAGUACUUGACAUAAAGUUAACCACCCUUUCUCCUAUAAAAAAAAAACACUUCCCCCCAUUCCAAUACACCUAAAAGAGAUCUAACAACAAGAAUAGCUGUUUGACACUCAAAAAAGAACACCAUUCUUCAAGUCCUCUGCAGCAACUUUCUCACAGUCACCACCACAUUUAGCCCAAUGGCGACAUUGCUGAAACCUCUGCUUGCUCUGCUUCUCCUAUCCCUCCCCUUGUUUGACAUUUCAGUUGGAGUUUCAGCAACAACAAUGACAUUCUACAACAAAUGCACCCAUCCAGUGUGGCCAGGGAUUCAGCCAAGUGCGGGGCAGCCCAUUUUAGCCCGUGGCGGAUUCAAGCUCCUGCCGAAAAAGUCUUACUCCCUCCGCCUCCCACCUGGGUGGUCCGGCCGAAUGUGGGGUCGCCACGGUUGCACUUUUGACAAAAAUGGCCGCGGCCGUUGUGCCACCGGCGACUGUGGUGGUGCUCUGUUCUGUGAGGGCAUUGGUGGAACUCCUCCAGCUACCCUGGCUGAAAUUACUCUCGGAAAAGAUCAAGAUUUCUAUGAUGUUAGCCUUGUUGAUGGUUACAAUCUAGCCAUUUCCAUCACACCAUUCCGUGGAUCAGGCAAAUGUAGCUAUGCUGGAUGUGUGAGUGAUUUGAACAACAUUUGCCCAGUUGGGCUUCAAGUGAGGUCUCAUGACAACAUAAUAGUGGCCUGUAAAAGUGCUUGCUCUGCAUUCAAUUCUGCAAGGUAUUGCUGCACUGGAGAUUUUGCAACCCCUCAAUCUUGCAAGCCAACUGCUUAUUCCAAGAUCUUCAAGUCAGCUUGCCCAAAGGCUUACUCUUAUGCUUAUGAUGAUCCCACUAGUAUUGCCACUUGCACUGGUGGAAGCUAUUUGGUCACUUUCUGCCCCCACCAUUGAAGAGGGAAAAAAAAUCUCCUUUUAGAUUAAUAAGCUCUAGUUUCUCUAUAGAUACCACUAUUAGUACUAUUACUACUACUGCUGCUAUUUGUUGCAAUGCUAGCAAAGAAAAGAGGAAAAUCUAUCUGGUAUGAUCAUAUGGUAAUCUUAUUAUGGACUGUGACUUCUGGUGAUGUACUUUUGUGAUUCCUCCUUAUCAAUGGGACCAAUUUUCUAGCUACUAUGGCUCCUGGUAAUGUUUUGUUACUUUAAUUUUGUGGCAUUUUUGAGAUGAUUUGUGUGAAUUUCUUGGGGGUUUUCUUUUGGUUUUUGGUCUUUUACCAUAAUGGAAUCAUGCUCUCUAUCAAGUGGUUUGAUCAUGACAUGUUGAACAAAAAAGUUCGAUUCUUCCAUGGUUAUUGAAUGAUUAAGGACGAAACAUUUGACCACCGAAAGAACUUUGUAAUAUUACAC